AUGCAGGUCGAAUCACGCUCUGAACAUUUUGAACUUGACAAACAAUACAUCUGUCCAAAUAAGAUUUCAAAUAAACUUGAUCAGUGUAUCACAAACAUAGCGAAAAACAAUGGAUUUGUCAAAUAUGAUAUUGAAAAGAAAGAAUUUUGUACAAACGGAGGAAGUUAUUUAGGAUUACUUUAUGAAAUCAAUAUAUAUGGAGAUACAAAAGAAGGUGAGAAAGAACUAAAUAUAUUUGUCAAAAGCAUUCUCCCAGGUGAGAACGACUUGCAAAUAUUAUCAGUGCAUGAUGUUUAUGAAAAUGAAACGUUCGCUUACAACGUACUUUUCAAGAUGUUCGAUGAAGUACAAGAAGAAGCAAAUGUACCAAUUAAAGAAAGGUAUAAAACAGUAAAAAGCUAUGAAGAGAGUGAUGCAGAAAUUAUUAUAAUGGAGAAUGUAGCAAAAAAGGGUUUCAAAACUGGUCAUAGAAUGGACGUCGUAUCAUUAGAGUUCGCAAAAACGGCUAUUGAAGAACUUGCUAAAUUUCAUGCACUUUCCUUCGUGCUAAAGGAUGGUGAGAUAUCAGAGCUAAUACCAGUCGACUAUCAAAUGAUGUACUACGGAUGUCCUGUAGUGGACUUCCUAUAUUGUAUCAUGUGCUGUACUGAUAAGGAAUUCCGAAAAAAUUACCUAGUACAUUUGAAAAAUGUAUACCAUGAAGCAAUGGCAAGAUUUUUGAAACACUUUGAUCUCGACAUCAAUGAAUUAUAUUCAAGGGAACUUUUUGAGAAAGAUUACGACGCAAGACUGGAAAGUGGGCUAGUAAUGUCUUUCAUAUUUUUGCCUUUUGUGUUGGCUGCCGAAGAUGAUGUGCCCGAUUUGACCAAAGAUGACCGUGAUAUGAAUAAUCUAAGUUUUAACGUUGAUAAAAGGUAUAAAAGCAGGAUUCAAGGAAUUAUUGAAGACUACAUAGAAUGGGGUAUCAUUUGA